UGGCGUUGUUUCGGAUAUAGCCAUUCGUGGGCGACCAAACUACAAGUCUUGCACUUGCCUCUUAUAAUAGAGUCUUGUGAUUACUGCUUUCACAACAGCUAUGCAUUCAAGACUCUGGAUAUUAAUGAUGUUAAGGACGUCUUACCCCUUCGAAAACUAUGCUUCAAAUCCCUGUCAAAGUAUAGCAGUUUGUUCCCCGCAGAACAGCUAUGUUAUCUUCCUAUAGAAAUAUUAGAAGAUUUCAAGUGGUAUUUGAGUGUUCAUGACCUUUUGAAAUACAGCACUGUUUUCGAACAAGCAGGCAUUAAUACUAGCAGCGUAUGGGAGAAGCACUUCUUGAAGCGAUAUGGGCAAAUGUCACUAAGAAAACAGUAUUUUGAAUGGACAGAACGCCAUGUGUCGCUUGAAAAUUGCCAUACUUACCAAGCACAAUUCUUGCAAAAGCAUUGUAGUGAGCUGUCCUCAUUGUUAUGGGAUAUUGAGUCUGAUUGCAAGUGCCAGCAGAAUCUGCGUUUAUCUCUCCACUUUACUCCAAGUUUAGUCUUUCGGUGGCGACGUUUUACAGAACCGACCAAUAUACAGAUAACACAGAUGAUUGUAGAAAAUGUGCAACAUUUAGACAUAAUAACAAAAGAAAGAGCAUUUGAUUAUCAGGAAGUUGCCUUUUACAGGUCUUUUAAAAAUUUGAAAAGCGUUUAUUUUAGAAAUAUCGGAUUUCUAAGCAUGUUUUUUUGCUAUAAAGGAGGGUGUACAGAUAAACAAGAAGAAAAUCAAGUAGAGAGACCGUAUAAAAAUAAUUUACUGAUAAGCGUGAAGGCUUCCCUUGGAGAUGGGGAUAUAAAGUUUCUUACCAGUGACAAGUUUUCUGAAAGUGGCAUAAAAAGGUUAAACAUCUUUACACAUGAAUGGAUGCAUCCAGGUUAUCAGUUAUCUGGUAAAGGCUGGUGUGACACAGCACUGAGAAUGUUGACUCAUUUAACAGUGUGUGGAGAGAUACUAACAGCGAGUCUAGUAAAUGAACUAAUUUGUGGCUUAUUUGUGGUGUUCAAGGAUCCUUUGAGAGAACCAAUGAAAUAUCUUUGUCUGGGAUUUAAUGGGAGGAUAAGAUUACAAUUUGAUGUUCAUAAUUUUUCAGGUCAGACAUAUGCUGUUGAAGAAUUUGAAAUAUUGCAUACUGAGAUAGAGGAGGAAGAUGAGGUCUCUAUGUUGGUGCAGUUUUUACAAUGCAAUAGAAGCUUAUCUCAUUUGUAUUUCAAUGAUACAUCAAUAACCUUACCUCAAGGCAGCAGUGCAGUUCUUGACAGUUUGGCUGAUUUUAUUGUUAAAAGCAAUUUACGAGUCCUUGCAACACCAGUUGUGCAUGGAUUUGAUUUUGAUGUUUACAAGAUAUUAAGUAAUGCACCAGAGAUGACCUACCUAAAGGUACUAGGACCUGGAACAAUUGAACAUAUGCAAGACUUCAUAGCAAUUGUUGGAAGCCACAAAUACAUAAGUACAAUGUCUUUACAGGAAAUUGUUUUGGGUGAAGCAGGCAAAGAUCUUCUCGCUGUGAUAAUGACAUCUGAGAAUUCCAGUCUGAGCAACCUUGACCUUAGAUUCUGUGGCAUUCAAGGGGAAGAUUUUAUAGCAGCUGCGAAGACUGCCAGUGAAUCCUGUUGCAGACAUAAACUACAUAUCUUGGAUAUAAGCAUGAACAGGGUAAACAGACAACAGCAGACGACAAUCAAGAGGCUUUAUAAAAAUCUAACUGACAUUUUAAUGGUUGACAUUCCUGACAGACCUCAGAUGGAGUUUGUUGCACAAAUGUAAACUUGUGUUAAAUGUGUUAUACAACAGUACUGCUAGUGGCAUGAUUAAAUUUUAUGAAGAUUAAGAAACAAGACUGAUUGACACAGGUUAUUUUAAUGAAAAACAUGGUUUAUGGGCCAGGUAUUAAAUACCUAAUUUGAUAUGGUAGCACAAAGCUGUUUAUAUCAUACAAAAUACAGUAGAUCUUGGAUA